AUGUGCUACGAAUCCAAGUGCAUCUGCCCCCACUGCCGCGGCACCACCGCCGAGCAAGUCGCGUCCUGCUCGGAGGUGCUCUUAGGAGAGAAGAAGAUUGCCAUGGGCGGCUGCAGCAAGGGCUGGGAGACCGUCUGUCAGAUGGAACCGGGGGCGUGUACUUCACCAGUCACUACCUGGAGGCUACCACCAAGCAAAUCCGUGUCCCUCAAACAGCAAAAGCGACAAAGUCAACGAAGAAACAUGGCCGAAUACAUCGCAAUCCAACGUGAAGCCGAAGCCCGCAUGGCGCGAGAGGCAAGAAGAGACCGCGAGCGUGAGGGUAAUGACAAUGACAAUGACAAUGGCAACGGGGGCAACGGGGACAAUGGCGGCAACGGGGCACUGGCGGCAACGGCGACGGCGGCGGCGACGGAAACACCCAAGCUCCCGACCGCACCAGCCGAGCACCUCCCCAUGAUGGUCCGCACCAUCCUCUGCGCCCUCCUCACCCUCGGCUCAGAUGGAGAAGACGGCUACGGCGCCGGCAUCCACGUGCAGAUCACCAAGAUGCAGAACAACAACACUGCGGGACGGUACCGCGGACACGAAGGAGAGAGAAGGCUGCGCGAGGUGGCGAUGGAUAUGGCGGGUGCAAACGUGAGGCCGGAGAGAAGGCUCAGAUUCGAGGCGGGUAGUGCCGAGGAGCGGGAGACGAUGAUGAUGCUGCUUAUGGAGUUGGUGAGUGGUGGGAUUGGGGCUUUUGAUUGA